GAAGCAGGGCGCUAUUUGGGACUGAGCCUUAUCCGCGCGUCACGAGGGGAUAGCUGAAAGAAUAAGACUCUCAUAUGCAGUGGUAGAGACAGCUCCAUCAACAGUUAUGUUAUGUUUUCCUUUUUGACAUGAAAUGACAAAAACAUGGGGGCUAAAGAAUCCAGGAUUGGUUUCCUUUCUUACGACGAGGCUGUUAAAAGAGUCACUGAUGUGGAGCUGAAAAGACUGAGGGAUGCUUUCAGGAGGACCUGUGGCCUGUCCUGCUAUAUGAGUCAGCAAUGCUUCUUCAAGGAAGUGUUGGGGGACAUGGUUCCGCUCAAUAUCUCUGAGGUGAUCUAUAGUUCAUUUGGUGGCACAUCGAAAGGUCUGCAUUUUAACAACCUUAUCGUUGGCUUGGUGCUGCUCACAAGAGGACGUGAUGAAGAAAAGGCGAGAUACAUUUUUAGUUUAUUUGCCAGUGAAUCAGGCAGUUAUGCUACACUUGAGGACAUUGAAGCCAUGCUCCAAGCUGUGGAUGGAGAAGUUCAUCCCUCUCUGAGGAAAUGUUUUUCAGAGGCUGAAAAGGUCAAUUAUGAGAAGUUUAAGAGCUGGCUACUUCAAAACAAGGACGCUUUUACCUUCUCUCGCUGGCUCCUGUCCAGUGGGGUGUGUGUGACUCUGACUGAUGAUAGCGACACACCUACCUUCUACCAGACAUUAGCCGGGGUCACACACUUGGAAGAAUCAGACAUCAUUGACCUAGAGAAGCGAUACUGGUUACUGAAAGCUCAGUCAAGAACUGGACGCUUUGACCUGGAGACAUUUGUCCCAUUGGUAUCCCCUCCUAUUCAUCCAUCCAUAAGUGAAGGUUUAUUUCAUGCAUUUGAUGAGAACAGAGACAAUCACAUAGAUUUCAAAGAGAUUUCCUGUGGGUUGUCGGCCUGCUGUAGGGGACCUCUGGCUGAAAGACAGAAAUUUUGUUUUAAAGUGUUUGAUGUUGACCGUGACGGAGUUCUUUGUCGAGAAGAAAUCCAUGACAUGGUUGUUGCGCUGCUGGAGGUCUGGAGGGACAAUCGUACUGACUCAAUCCCUGAACUACAGUCAAGUGUGCCUAAUAUUGUUGAAGACAUUCUCAAAGUACAUGAUACUACCAAGAAGGGCCAUUUGACACUCGAAGACUAUCAGAUAUGGAGCGUUCAGAGUGCACUUGCUGCCGAGUUUCUCAACCUCCUUUUUCAGGUAUGUCAUAUUGUUCUUGGACUGCGGCCUGCCACUCCCGAGGAGGAAGGACAGAUCAUCAGGGGCUGGUUAGAGAGAGAAAGUCGACAUGGCCUUCAACCUGGAGAUUACUGGUUUCUUAUUGCGACACAGUGGUGGCAGCAGUGGAAGGACUAUGUCAAAUACGACAACAAGGUGAUAGUGGUGGAACAACCCGCAGUAUUUCCUAGCAGUAGAACUCCUACCUCAUCUGCAGGGAUGGAACAAGGGGGUCAGUGUCAGAGUGAGGGCACGGCAAGCUCACACUCUUCCCCAGAAGAGAAGUUCUCUGACAACAUCUCUAGUGCCUCUGAAGCAUCAGAAACGACAAGUGGCAGUCUCCUCCAUUCCAGCUCAACUGCCACAGAUAUCUGCUUCUCCCGGCAGACUGAUUCGUCUGAGGUAGACAGCCAGAGUUUCCCGGGGGCUGAUGGGAAUGUGACAGCUCUCAGGCCAGGUGCCAUAGACAACCAGCCUCUGGUGACCUCAGAGCCUCUCAAAGCUCCCACAUUAACAAUGGAAGGGGCACUGUUGAAACGUUCUCCCAGCCUGCAUCUGGGCCAGGACUUUGAGAUUGUCCCUGAGCCAGUCUGGAGAGCUCUUUACCACUGGUAUGGAGCGAACCUCAGUCUGCCCCGGCCAGUGAUCAGGUCGAGGGAUAUGGAGAAAGCUGAGUUAGAACUCUUCCCCAGACACCUGCUCUUCCUGAGGCAGCAGCCUCCAGUACGCACACCGCAGUCUAAUGGCUGGAUGAACAUGGGUAACAUGCCAUCUCCCACUACCCCUCUGAAGCGGGUGCUGGCCUACACUGGCUGCUUCAGCCGAGUCGGAACGAUAAAGGACAUUCAUGAGUAUCUGUCUCAGAGGCUCCGGAUCAAAGAAGAGGAUAUGAGACUGUGGCUUUACAUGAAUGAGAAUUAUUUGACUCUUCUUGAUGAUGAGGAUCAUUCACUGGAAGCGCUGAAAAUCCCUGAUGAACAGUACAUGGUUAUUGAAGUGCGCAACAAAGACAUGAGCUGGCCUGAGGAGAUGUCGUUUUUAGCCAACAGCAACAGAAUGAACAGACACAAAGUACCUACUGAGAAAGGGGCCACAGGACUCAGUAACCUCGGCAACACAUGCUUUAUGAACUCCAGCAUUCAGUGUGUGAGCAACACUAAACCUCUCACAGAAUACUUUACGUCCGGGUGUCACCUUUAUGAACUUAACAGUCAAAGAGAAAUUAAGAAGAUGGAUCUCAUCUUCCAUUACCAUUUUAUUAUCAACAUUUUUAUAACUAAUCCUAUUGGGAUGCGAGGACACAUGGCAAAAUGCUACGGUGAUCUCAUCCAGGAACUGUGGAGUGGUGCUCAGAAAAGUGUUGCUCCACUGAAACUCAGGUGGACUAUAGCGAAGUACGCUCCCCGUUUUGAUGGCUUCCAACAGCAAGAUUCUCAAGAACUGCUGGCUUUUCUGUUAGAUGGCCUUCAUGAAGAUCUUAACCGUGUCCAUGAUAAACCCUAUGUGGAGCUGAAGGACAGUGAUGGCAGACCUGACUGGGAGGUUGCAUCAGAGGCGUGGGAGAAUCAUUUGAGAAGAAACCGCUCUAUUGUGGUGGACCUGUUCCAUGGUCAGCUUAGGUCUCAGGUCAAGUGCAAAACCUGUGGCCAUGUUAGCGCUCGCUUCGACCCAUUUAACUUCCUUUCUCUUCCUCUGCCCAUGGACAACUCCAUGCACCUUGAGAUCAUAGUUAUAAGGCUCGAUGGCUCAACGCCAGUGAGGUACGGCCUUAGACUCAACGUGGAUGAGAAAUACUCCGGCUUGAAGAGUCUGCUAAGUGAAUUAUGCCAUCUGAGACCAGAACAGAUCCUCUUGGUGGAGAUCCAUUUGUCUUGUAUUAAGAAUUUUCCAUUAGAUAAUCAGAAAGUGCGACGGGCUGUAAGUGGCUUUCUAUGUGCGUUUGAAAUCCCACUGCCCUCUACACCGUUGCCAGACUCCUCACCAAAAGAAGCAGGCUCUGAGGACCUCCCGACAGUUUCAAACAGAGCCAGCCCAGCAGUCUCCAGUGGUACAUCCAUGAGGCUUGACAUAAUUCCUAAGGGCAUGCCAAAUACCGUGGUGCCCUGUAGCACAGAAGGCAGCCCUGCCAACGGCCUCCCUAAUGGCCACAUCAUGUUACACCCUGCCAGCCCCUUCACUGGGUACAUCAUAGCCAUCCACCGGAAAAUGAUGCGUGCGGAAUUGUACUUCUUGUCAUCUCAGAAGAACCGGCCCAGUCUGUUUGGCAUGCCACUUAUUGUUCCCUGCACAGCAGACACACGUGGUCGUGACUUGUACAACACAGUAUGGACACAAGUGUCCCGACUGGCUAGUCCUCUGCCCCCUCAAGAGUCGAGCAACCAUGCACAAGACUGUGAUGACAGCCUGGGCUACCACUACCCCUUCACCCUGCGUGUUGUGCAAGGAGAUGGGAACUCUUGUGCCUGGUGUCCGUGGUACAAGUUCUGCAGAGGGUGUGUCAUUGAGUGUAAUGAUGACAGGGCUAUAGUAGGCAAUGCUUGCAUAGCUGUUGAUUGGGACCCUACUGCAUUGCACCUCCGCUACCAGACAUCCCAAGAGAGGCUGGUGGAGGAACAUGUGAGUGUGGAGCGGAGUCGUCGUGCUCAGGCUGAGCCAAUCAGUCUGGACAGUUGCCUGAGAGCCUUCACCACUGAAGAGGAGCUGGGUGAGAAUGAGCUCUACUACUGCUCCAAGUGCAAGACCCACCGAUUGGCCACCAAGAAAUUGGACAUCUGGAGACUUCCACCAAUACUGAUUGUGCAUUUGAAGCGGUUCCAGUUUGUCAACAAUCGCUGGAUUAAAUCUCAGAAGAUCGUGCGGUUUCCCAGGGAUAACUUUGACCCGAGUGCAUUCCUGACCCCACGGGAAGUAGACCACAAUCAGCAGGGGUGGAGAAGUGGUUUGGCAGAGGAGUUGUCCGAACAGGAACAUGGGACAAAUUCUGGAGAUGCACCCUCCACUCCCACAUCACUCAAUGUUAAUAAUAUUAAAGAUUCCCUGAGCUCUGGUAGGUUGUUGUGUUCCUCCCUCAGUCGAGGCUGCAGUCCCAUCAGCAGCCCUAAAGGCGACGUGUGCAAGCAGGGGCAGAAGAGGGCACCCCGGCAGGACUCGUGUCUGCAGCUGUCUCUCAGUAGAGAGAGCCUGGACAGUGGCAGAGAAAGUCCAGUGGAGCUGGAGCACAGCAAGCCUGAGAACCAGAAUGAAGCUGAAGCUACAGGCCUGGACUCCGCACUUGGGGACGAGCCGGUCAGAGACUGUGACAACGCUACGACAGUUUCAGAACUGGAGAGCAAUGGCUGCACUGAGGACAGCAUAGACCUGGAGGCCUCACAGGACCAAAGAGACAGGAUCUGUCUGGAGCCUAUCUAUGACCUGUAUGCAAUAUCAUGUCACUCAGGGAUUCUCGGAGGAGGCCAUUAUGUCACGUAUGCCAAAAACCCCAAUGAGAAAUGGUACUGUUACAACGACAGCAGCUGCAAGGAGGUGAAUCCAGAGGAGAUUGACACCGAUUCGGCGUACAUCCUCUUCUACGAGCAGCAGGGAGUGGAUUAUUCUCUGUUCAUGCCAAAGACUGACGGGAAAAAGAUGGCUGACACCAGCAGCAUGGACGAGGAUUUUGAAACAGACUACAAGAAGUACUGUGUUCUUCAGUGAUGCCUGCGCUCUCAUCAAUGUCUGAGAAACACUCAAAAUGAUCCACUAUCUCAGAUUGAGAGAGGUCUUUUUCUUCAACUUUUAGCCAAACUGUGGUACUGUCAAAUUCUUUUCGGCUUGCACUGUCUGACAAAUCGAGAAAAUGUUUGUUCUCUUGGCAGUUUGUCUUGCUCACUGUUUUUAAUUUCUUCGUGUUAACUUGUGAUUUUUUUUUAAUGUACAGAAUAAAUUAGUAAGUGCCGGUCACAUACUGUACGGAACAUGUGACAAAGGAUAGUCAUUCACAUCAGUGUGCAGUUGGUACUAGUCUAUUUAUUGUUAAACUUUUAAUGGCAUUGUGGCAUUGAUUAAGUAUGAUUUUUUUUAAAGAAUAAUCUUUAGUGCUGUCCUGUUCAUUAGUAUUUUGUUAUGUAAUUUUAUGUUUGAUUAUUGUCGGUUUCUUUUAAAAAAGAUCGAAAGGUUCUAGACAUCGUCUCUUGUUCUAAGUUGAUAAUAAUGUAUGCACUUUUAUAUGCUCUAAGUUGCUAUCUUUGUUACAUUCUGCAAUGUUGCACAUACUGAAUGUCAUUCCAUGCUUGUUUACAAAGUGUCAUUGUAGCAUAUGACAUAACCGUUGUGAUUUUCUGUGACUCGAACCGUUUUCUCUGUGCCAACCCGAUUGGUUCAUCAUCCUGUAGUACAGUUUUUGUGCCAUUGUGUUCUCAAUGUUGUCUUUGCUCAGGAUAACAGAAUUGUAAAUUGUGUUAGCAUGCCACAGAGGAAGCUUCUGAGCACUUUAUUUAUUUGUAGCUUAAAAAAAAAGGAAAAAUAUAAGAAAUUGGACACUUCCACUUGACAAUUGUUUCUUGCUGAAUAUAAAGCAUUUUACAGUGUGGACCUCUGUGCUCUAAUAUUCCCUCUGCUCAGAGAAAUCUGAGAUCAGUGAGUUAAACAAGUACAGAUAUUAGUAUUGUUUUGAUUUUGUUACAUUGUGCCACUAUUUAACAUGAAGAAGUCGGAUUAGUAAAGCUUGUCAAAAUAGUAUUAAAUAUAACCCAAAUGUGGAA